AUGGGCAUUCUCCUUACAGUUUUUCAGGGGCCAUUGCUAUUCUACUUUCUAUCGCUCUUCUUUCUGGUGGAAAGACUCCAAUGUCUCACUAGUGAUGGUGAAGCUCUUGUAAACUUCCGAACAAACAUUAUUAGUUCUGAUGGCAUGCUUCAUCAAUGGAGGCCAGAAGAUCCUGAUCCAUGUGGGUGGAAAGGGGUUACAUGUGAUUUAAAGACCAAAAGAGUUGUAUAUCUGAAUCUUUCCAAUCACAAGUUGAGUGGACCCAUAUCACCAGAUAUUGGAAGGCUAGAUAAUUUAAAAUUUUUAGAUCUUCAUUACAACAACUUUUAUGGGGCAAUUCCUCCAGAGUUGGGAAAUUGUACAGAGCUUCAAGGCUUAUUUUUGCAGAAUAAUUACUUAAGUGGGUUUAUUCCUACUGAAAUAGGAAAUCUUUCUAAUCUUCAAACAUUGGAUAUUUCUAGCAACUCAUUGAGUGGAAGUAUUCCCACAUCACUUGGGAAUUUGAAGAGCCUUUUGAAUUUCAAUGUCUCCAACAAUUUUCUAUCAGGGCCAAUCCCAUCUGAUGGUGUUCUUGACCAAUUUGAAACUGCCUCUUUUCUUGGAAACCGUGGGUUGUGUGGGAAGCAUAUUAAUCAGUUAUGUAAAGAUGAUGAUGGAGGUUCAUCAGGCUCACAGCCUACAGGAAGCCAGAAUGUAAAGAAAAACUCUGGGAGGCUACUUAUCAGUGCUUCUGCUACUGUUGGUGCAUUGCUUCUUGUUGCACUUAUGUGUUUCUGGGGUUGUUUUCUUUACAAAAAACUCGGUAAAAAUGAUGCCAAAGGUCUUGCAGUAGAUGUUGGUGGAGGUGCAUCGAUUGUGAUGUUUCAUGGAGACUUACCAUACUCUUCAAAAGAUAUUAUAAAAAAGCUGGAAACUUUAAAUGAAGAACAUGUAAUUGGUGCUGGAGGAUUUGGAACAGUCUACAAACUAUCAAUGGAUGAUGGAAACGUAUUUGCAUUGAAAAGAAUACUAAAAUUAAACGAAGGAUUUGAUCGAUUCUUUGAAAGAGAGCUUCAAAUUCUUGGAAGCAUUAAACACAGAUAUCUAGUAAAUCUUAGAGGAUAUUGCAACUCUCCAACUUCUAAAUUGUUAAUAUAUGAUUACUUAUCUGGUGGUAGUCUAGAUGAAGCUCUCCAUGAAAAAUCCGAGCUUCUAGAUUGGGAUGCUCGAAUUAAUGCUAGGGUUUCUGAUUUUGGACUUGCAAAACUCUUGGAAGAUGAAGAAUCUCAUAUCACAACAAUUGUAGCUGGAACUUUUGGCUAUCUUGCUCCAGAGUAUAUGCAGAGUGGUAGAGCAACAGAGAAGACGGAUGUUUAUAGUUUUGGGGUGCUUAUGCUUGAAGUUAUAAGUGGGAAGAGGCCAACCGAUGCGUCCUUUAUCGAGAAAGGCCUUAAUAUUGUCGGAUGGUUGAAUUAUUUAAUAACAGAAGACCGACAACGAGAAAUCAUCGACACAAACUGUGAAGGAGUGGAAUCAGAAACCCUAGAUGCUCUUCUUUCAGUGGCGAUUCAGUGUGUGUCUUCCACACCAGAAGAGAGGCCCACAAUGCAUAGGGUAGUACAAACACUUGAAUCUGAAGUAAUGACUCCAUGCCCUAGUGACUUCUAUGAUUCUGCUUCUGAUUAAAACGGGUCGGGUCGGGUCGGAUUUGUAAUUUGGUCUGGUUGGGUUGGGUUUAUAUUAUUAAGAUUCUUUGAGCAGAAGGUAGAUUGGGUGGUAAGUAAGAAAGGCUUCAUCUACAACUACAAGUGUGUAUUGUUUUUUUUUGGAGUAGUGGUAGUAGUUAUGGUUGAGUUUUCUGGCCCUUGUGAUUAUAUUUUUGGCUUUUUGUUAUAUUGAAAAAAAUGCAUUGUUUCUUCUCGUUGCACCUUUCCGAUGUAUAUUGAUGCUAGUUUUAAUCGAUUUUAUGAUAUUUUUUUGUACCAUAUUUUGUUUCUAAUCAAGAUUUGAU